CUGACUGCCUUUUCCUUACUUCCACAGUUGCGCUGCUUCUCACACCGGGAGCCACUCCUCCUCGGUCUGCUCCUUAAAGCCGGGACAGAAAGGCGAAGGCCAGAAGCGGAAGCAUCCGGGAGAGCCGCCUUUGCCACUCCCUGGAAGGGAGGGAGGAGUUGUGUGGAGUCGUGGACUUGAUGGAAACUGUGGAGGCCCUGGGGUGCAGCCUCCCCACCAGCCAGUGAGGGAAGCCCCCGUGCAGCUCCCUGAGACCUUGCCCACCUGUCCUCACUUGGAACCACCAGGGAUGAGCCGCCUCCUGAGAGCCGUUCCUUAAGAGGGACAGGUCCCUGCCACUGCCACUGCUUCUGUCGACCUCAUUUCUACUUUAUGGAUCUUUCCCGGAUGUGAAGCUCCCUCCUUGGGUGCCACUGCAGUCAGAUCAUCAUCCUGUAGCUUGGGGACCUUGGUUCAUUCCAGCAUUGGCCCCUGCCUGAAGAGAGCCCAGUCCCGGCCCGACCUGCUUCCUGGGGGCAAGGCUGCCAAGUGAGUCUGGGGCGGAGGGAGGCAACCUCUGAAGGCUGCCGAAGCCGGAAGGGGCUCCUGCUGCCCUCGCCCCUCCUCUCUGCCAGGUCUUCCCUCCUCGUGACAGUUCGCUUAACUCAUGGUGUGUGGCACGUGGCUGGCUUAGGUGUUUGGAGAGUGAACGCGCCAGGUCCCCGCUCCUCCCUUCAGCCCCUCUGACCUCGAGGACACGCCCACCUCCAUAAUGGCAGCAGAGACCCUCAAUUUUGGGCCUGAGUGGUUGAGAGCCCUUUCCAGUGGUGGCAGCGUGGCCUCCCCACCCCCCUCCCCCGCCAUGCCCAAGUACAAGCUGGCUGACUACCGCUAUGGGCGAGAGGAGAUGCUGGCGCUCUACAUCAAGGAGAACAAGGUGCCCGAUGAGCUGCAGGACAGGGAGUUUGCUGCGGUGCUACAGGAGGAACCGCUGCAGCCGCUGGCGCUGGAGCCGCUGACCGAGGAGGAGCAGAGAAACUUCUCCCUGUCAGUGAACAGUGUGGCUGUGCUGAGGCUGAUGGGGAAAGGGGCUGGCCCCCCCCUAGGUGGCACCUCCCGUGGCAGGGGCAGCACUCGGAGCCGAGGCCGGGGCCGUGGUGACAGUUGCUUUUACCAAAGAAGCAUUGAAGAAGGCGAUGGAGCCUUUGGCCGAAACCCCCGGGAGAUCCAGCGAAGCCAGAGUUGGGAUGACAGAGGGGAGAGAAGGUUUGAGAAGUCGGCCAGGAGGGAUGGAGGUAUGGAGAGUGGCGAUGGCCUGGUCCUAAAGGUCAUUGAGAGGUGGGGAGGGGGAGGACUUAAGUGGGGGGUGUUUUCCUGCGGGAGGUGGAGGGGACAGGAGGGCCUGGAGCGGGCCUCCUCCAGGGACCAUGGCUGCCGCUCCACUGACUGUGUCUUCCCUCACCCCCAAGCACGAUCCGGGUUUGAGGAGGGAGGGGCUGGCCCGAGGAAGGAACAUGCCCGCUCGGAUAGCGAGAACUGGCGUUCUCUUCGAGAGGAGCAAGAGGAAGAGGAGGAGGGCAGUUGGAGACUCGGGGCAGGACCCCGGCGAGAUGGCGACCGCUGGCGCUCAGCCAGCCCCGAUGGUGGCCCCCGCUCUGCUGGCUGGCGGGAACACGGGGACCGGCGUCGCAAGUUUGAGUUUGAUUUGCGAGGGGACCGAGGAGGGUGUGGUGAAGAGGAAGGGCGGGGUGGGGGAGGUAGCUCUCACCUGCGGAGGUGCCGAGGGCCUGACGGCUUCGAGGAAGACAAGGAUGGGCUCCCGGAGUGGUGCCUGGAUGACGAGGACGAAGAGAUGGGCACCUUCGAUGCCUCUGGGGCCUUCCUGCCUCUCAAGAAGGGCCCUAAAGAGCCCAUUCCUGAGGAGCAGGAGCUUGACUUCCAGGGCCUGGAGGAAGAGGAGGAAGAGCCUCCCGAAGGGCUAGACGAGGGCGGGCCUGAGGCAGGAGGGAAGGAGCUGACCCCACUACCUCCUCAGGAGGAGAAGUCCAGUUCCCCCUCCCCACUGCCCACCUUGGGCCCACUCUGGGGAGCUAAUGGGGAAGGGGAUGACGCCGCAGACAAGGACCUGCCAGCAGCUGAAGAUGAUGUGAGGGGACUGCCGCUGAGUCCUGGGGUAGGCUCACCGCCUGGCCCACCUGGAGAUCUGGAGGAUGAUGAAGGCCUGAAACACCUGCAGCAGGAGGCGGAGAAGCUGGUGGCCUCCCUGCAGGACAGCUCCCUGGAGGAGGAGCAGUUCACGGCCGCCAUGCAGGCCCAGGGCCUGCGCCACUCAGCAGCUGCCACUGCCCUCCCGCUCAGCCAUGGCGCGGCCCGGAAGUGGUUCUACAAGGACCCCCAGGGGGAGAUCCAAGGCCCCUUCACGACACAGGAGAUGGCAGAGUGGUUCCAGGCGGGCUAUUUUUCCAUGGCGCUGCUUGUGAAGCGGGGCUGCGAUGAGGGCUUCCAGCCCUUGGGGGAGGUGAUCAAGAUGUGGGGUCGUGUGCCCUUUGCCCCAGGACCCUCGCCACCCCCACUGCUGGGCAACAUGGACCAGGAGCGGCUAAAGAAACAGCAGGAGAUGGCCGCGGCGGCCUUGUACCAGCAGCUGCAGCACCAGCAGUUUCUGCAACUGGUCGGCAGCCGGCAGCUCCCGCAGUGCGCGCUCCGGGAGAAGGCGGCUCUGGGGGACCUGAGCCCACCGCAGCAGCAGCAGCUCGCGGCGUUCCUGCAGCAGCUCCAAGCUCUCAAACCGCCCAGAGGCGGGGACCAGAACCUGCUCCCGACCAUGAACCGGUCCCUGUCGGUGCCAGAUUCGGGCCCCCUCUGGGACAUACAUACCUCAGCCUCAUCACAGUCAGGCGGUGAGGCCAGUCUUUGGGACAUACCAAUUAACUCUUCGACUCAGGGUCCAAUUCUAGAACAACUCCAGCUGCAACACAAAUUCCAAGAGCGCAGAGAAGUGGAGCUCAGGGCGAAGCGGGAGGAGGAGGAGCGCAAGCGGCGGGAGGAGAAGCGGCGGCAGCAGCAGCAGCAGGAGGAGCAGAAGCGGCGGCAGGAGGAGGAGGAGCUGUUUCGCCGUAAGCAGGUGCGGCAGCAGGAGCUCCUGCUGAAGCUGCUCCAGCAGCAGCAGGCGGUGGCCGCUGUCCCUGUGCCGCCGGCGCCCAGCUCUCCGCCCCCGCUGUGGGCCGGUCUGGCCAAGCAGGGGCUGUCCAUGAAGACGCUGCUCGAGCUGCAGUUGGAGGGCGAGCGGCAGCUGCACAAGCAGCCCGCGCCCCGGGAGCCAUCGCGGGCCCAGGCCCCCAACCACCGCGUGCAGCUUGGGGGCCUGGGCUCGGCCCCCCUGAACCAGUGGGUGUCUGAGGCCGGGCCACUGUGGGGCGGGCCCGACAAGAGUGGGGGCGGCAGCGGCAGCCCGGGGCUCUGGGAGGACACCCUCAAGAGUGGUGGGAGCCUGGCCCGCAGCCUGGGCCUGAAGAACAGCCGGAGCAGCCCCUCUCUCAGUGACUCGUACAGCCACCUGUCGGGUCGGCCCGUGCGCAAAAAGACGGAGGAGGAAGAGAAGCUGCUGAAGCUGCUGCAGGGCAUCCCCAGGCCCCAGGACGGCUUCACCCAGUGGUGCGAGCAGAUGCUACACACGCUGAGCACCACAGGCAGCCUGGAUGUGCCCAUGGCUGUAGCGAUCCUCAAGGAGGUGGAAUCCCCCUACGACGUCCACGAUUAUAUCCGUUCCUGCUUGGGGGACACGCUGGAAGCCAAAGAAUUUGCCAAACAGUUCCUAGAGCGGAGGGCCAAGCAGAAAGCCGGCCAGCAGCGGCAGCGGCAGCAGGAGGCGUGGCUGAGCAGUGGCUCCCUACAGACAGCCUUUCAGACCAACCACAGCACCAAACUCGGCCCUGGGGAGGGCAGCAAGGCCAAGAGGCGGGCGCUGAUGCUGCACUCAGAUCCUAGCAUCUUGGGGUACUCCCUGCACGGACCUUCUGGUGAGAUCGAGAGCGUGGAUGACUACUGACCAGCCCGUCCCACCAGCCCCUGGGCUGUAGGCCGGGGGCGGCAGCAGCGGCUUGGACCCUUGGGUCCCCAGCCUGCAGGCUCCCCACAGGGAGCGUAGGAGGAAGCAGGGGCAGGGUCCCCAGCACUUGUUACAAACCACACGAUGCACCUUAACUCACCCACCACGAGGCACUUUACAGAAUGGGGGGGGGAAGGGUUUUUGUUUUUUGGUUUUUUGUUUUUUUUUUGUUUUGUU